AUGACUUCGCUUCAAGAUCAAGGUGCUUACUUCGGUGUAGAUGAUUUCUAUGACUGCCACUGUGUAAAUGAUGAACAGUGUGAGAAAAUAACUGGAAGUUGUAUUAAUGGUUGUUCAGAGAAAUAUUCUGGACCUUCAUGUCAAAAACAAUGUAAUGUUGGUACAUAUGGAUCAGAUUGUUCGAAUUUCUGCUAUUGUUUACACAAUGUUGGAUGCUCAGAUGAUGGAGUUUGUCCUAGUGGGUGUCUUAAUGGAUGGCAAGGACCCCAUUGUAAUAUUGGGCAAAUUUGUAAAGAGGCCUUAGACCAAAUUUUUCGCCAUUGUUUUUAA